GAUUUAAUUUUGUUUACAAAUUACUGAUCAUAAUUAUCAAUGAAUCCAUCAAAUCGUGAACAAUUAAACAGCAAGAAAAUAAACAACAAACUUAAAUAUCGGUUCGUGGUUUUGGUCAAGUGAUCGGUGGAAAUUCAACUCUAACUGAAUCCAAAUUCAAGUGGAAUUUAAAAACUAAUUCUUAAUGGUGUUCGAUUAACUGUUCAAUUUGGAUCAAAAUGGCCGAAAGGAAGUCAUUUUUCGACACAUUGUUCUCAGAGGAACCAUCGCCGUCUAUCAAACGAGGUAAAUCAGUUCGAUUUAGUGACAAUGACGAUCAAACCUCAAUACCUGGUGAAGGAAAUUCCCGACAAAAUUUGACGACUUCAAGUGACCUGAGAUCGGGAAGAUCAUCGAUAAACUCAUCGGCAAGUUCAACUCGAGGUCGAUCACCACGAGAUUGGUUAGGAUUAUUGGAAGAUGAUGGUGAUGAUUUUAAAUCUCGUAUCACAACACAAUCACAAUCAACAUCAUCGACAGCAAUUAAACAGCCACAAGUUAAUCAGCAACAAUUAAAUUCUUCCUCUGCUCCAAUUGUUGAUGAAAAUUUAGGAUCAUCGUGGAUAGAUGCUGGUUUAGCGGAGAGAAGAUCAAAAGAUCGGACAAUUAACACAGAACUAUCUCAACAAUUAACUAAAUCAGUCGAUAGUAACACUAAUAGUUGGUUAGAUAUUAAAAAACAAGGUCAAGAGGUCAAGAAAUUACCUGAGGCACCAAUAGGUGAAAGUGAAGUGAAAACAAUUGAAAAUGAAUCAACUGAAUUAACCAAAUUAAAAGAUUCUGCUAUCAUGAUUACCAACACUUCUGGAACAAUUAAAACUGAUUCAUCGCAAUUACAAAUUGCUUAUGUUACAAGUCAAAAGGAUAUUUUAAUUUUACAAGCAAAGGUUGAUAUAUUAAACAUGGAAAAGGAUCAUCUUGUUACUACAAUUGAACAAUUAAAAGAUAAUCACAAGGCAGAAAUCAACGUAUUGAAAACAUUGAAUGAGCAACAAUUAACGAUGACCAUUGAUGUUUAUAAAAGACAAGAGGAAAUGUUAAAGGAGGAAAGAGAUCGUCGGAUAACUGAAUUAAAAGAUCAAUUGGAAAUGAGUGAACGAGAUCGAGAGGAACAACGAACUCGAUAUAAUGAGAAAGUGGAAACAAUUGAACGUGAAUGUAAAGAGGAAGUGGACAGAUUAAAGGAGAUGCAUCGAUCGUUAAUCAAACGAUUAACGGAACAACAUGAGAUUGAUCUGGAACGAUUAAGACGAAUCAAAGGUCAAGAGAUCGAAACGGUUCAUGUUCUACACGAGCAAAGUAAUUCCCUUGAAUCUUUGGUUAACAAAUGGAUAACCAAUGCUGAUAGAAUGGAAUCACUUUAUCAAUCACUUGUAACGAAAGAAGAUGAACUGAUUAAGGGUCGAAUUGAUUGUUUGGAUGUUAAAGAUCGACAAUUAACCGUAAUCGAAGAGAACUGGUCGAUAUUGAGACGAUCAGUUGAACGGGAGAAAGAGUCAAGUGAAGAAGCUAAAGAGAAAUUGAUCAAGUUGAUUGAAGAACAGCGAAAGUUAAUUGUUACGGAACAGCAACGAUUAAAUGAUGAACGUCGAUCGUUUGAUGAGGAGAAACACAAAUUGGACGAGGAGAGACAUCGAGUGGACGAUGAGGUGUCACGGGCACGGGAAAAAUUGUCUCGAGAAUCUGAUGAACUGUCCAGGGAAAAUGUUCGGCUUACAGAUAAAUCGCUUGACCUAGAGAAAAGAGAAUCGUCUUUGAUUAUCAAUCAAAUGGAGUGGAAAAACGAGAUGACCAGAGAGAAGGAUAAUCUUUACCGAUUGACCGGUGAGGUUAAUGAGGAGAGGAAAAUUUUAUCGAAGGAGAAGUCGAAGGUUCAAGAGAUGUACCUGAAUCUACAGUCGGAGCAGCAAAAAUUGGAAAAUAAGAAAAUACUUUUCGAUGGUGAGAAGGAAAAAUUGAAACAAUUAGCUGAGUUAAUUGCUUCCAAUGCGCAACAAUUAGAGACCAUUGGAGCGAUUUCAUUGAAGGAGAAAGAGGAAGGAUUAAGAGCAAUGGAAAUCGCCAAGAAAAUUAGUGAUCAAGUUAAUUGUAAAGAGAUUAAGAUGGAAAAGAGAGCAGAACAAUUAAUUAAAGAGACAAUUAGAGUUGAAGUUGAACGAAAACGUAUUCGCCAGGAAUGGAAAAUACUCCAAGAAAGUAAACACUCAAUCGUUUGUAACCUUUGCGGCAAUGGACUUAAUCGAGUUCAAUUUAAAUCAUCCGAUUAUCCAUUGGUACCGAGCUUGAAUAACGGAGAUGAUGCUUAUUAUACUAAUCCAGAAGAUGAGGAUAUUGUUGAUGAUCGGAUGAUCCUAAUGUGGCAGGUAUCGGCUCAACAAGAUGCUGCUUUAUUGGCCGAAGAGACUGAUUUUGUUAGAAGAUUGAAAAAAGAUUCAGAUUGAUUGUUCAAAUUAAUGAUACAACAAUUAACUCCUUUUGAUUGUCACCAAAAUCAACCCAUCGAUUGUAAUAACCUUUGCAUUGACUUGAUGUGAAAACAAAUUAAAUUAAACUGCCAGAAAUUGUUUAACUAACAUGUAAA